AUGAAGAGCCUCAGCACCAGGAUCAGAGAUGACCCCAUGGUGUGCUCCAUCUCCAACCCCGACUUUGUGAUCUACUCGUCGGUGGUGUCCUUCUACCUGCCGUUUAUCGUCACUCUGCUGGUCUACAUCCGCAUCUACGUCUUCCUCAGGCUGAGGAGGAAGAGGAUCGCCUUCCGCCAGGCCAGCGGAAAGGUGGAGCCUGGCUCAGUGCCGCCAUCUGUGGAGACCUGUCUACAAGAAGAGACUCCCAAGGCAAAGCAGGACCUGUCACCUAUAAGGAUUAAAGUGCAGAGUGUGGAGCCUUCAAGUCCUUCCAAGCCCAACCUGCUGUCAGAAUGUCUGUGGCGCAAACGUCCAAAGACGGGCCCUCUGGAGAACUCUGCGCUGCCCCCGGUGGACAUGCAGAACUGCUGCAGCAUCAGCCACGCCUCCUGCGGUCGCACCGAGCUGGAUCUGGAGCAGGAGCGAGAGGAGGAGGAGGAGGAGGAGGACAAGGAGGAGGAGGAGGAGGACAACAACCAGAACCAACGACCUACUGUCAGGAUGAGCUGCGAGGUGAAGGAUCUGUCCAAUGGACGAACACACACGUCACUGCGGUCGAUGGCUCAUUCUCAUAUCAACAACUCACGAUUCAGGAGCAUGCACGCUCGGGAGAAAAAGGCCACUCAGAUGCUGGCCAUCGUGCUCGGGGUGUUUCUCAUCUGCUGGCUGCCUUUCUUUGUGACUCACAUUCUGAACACCCACUGCAGGACAUGCUACGUGCCAUCUGGGCUUUACAGUGCUUUCACCUGGCUGGGUUAUGUCAACAGUGCCCUUAACCCAAUUAUCUACACCACCUUCAACAUCGAGUUCAGACGGGCCUUCAUCAAGAUCCUCAGCUGCUGAGGAAGACGGUGCACCAGGAAAUUGGAAAAACUCACAACCACAGUGUGGUGCAUUUGGAAAACAGUGACCACGGACGUAAGCUGGUCCCGGUCCAGAUAAGUAAACCGGUCCUGCAGGAGUUAAACAGUAACAGCGUAAAGAGGAUUUUUACUUCACUUUGUUCUCAACAGGGCUCGGACUUCAUUCGAACAGUAUUACUCUUCAAGUAAGACUUACUUUUUCACACGCAGUCUUAUUGAUGGCACACGGUGUUGGACUUUCUUGUGGAUAUGUCUUGUACAGUAUUUGUGCUGCUCUUUGGUGCAGGUCUUUCCAAUCGAUGUAAGUUUGGAAGCUCUUUGGACCUAUGAUGAUGAAGCUGAUAAGAGCGUAGAGCUGCGGGACACUUCGUCCAAAUGCCUGCUGCCACCGCACUGUGUGGAUUAACUGGUGUUACUCGCCCCCCUCACUCACCCCUGACUUCAUCACCAUCAGUUAUUCUCCAGUGCAUGCACACAUCACAUUUCAAGGAUGUUUCCUUGAAUUGUGCAGGAAGGAUUGUA